CAAAACACCGCCCAUGCUGCUAAAAUUCACUUCACGUACGUCCUGUAAACAUUUGUAAUAGUCACCAUGGACAACGAAGAAUUAUCAUUGAAAGCUACAAAAAGACGAGAACGUCAAUCAGGUCCAAGCAGCGCUUUACAUGAUGCAGAAGCCUUGGAAAGUGGAGACUCUGACAUUGGCUUCUGUGGCUGGAUGUUGGUGGGGUUGUCUCUUCUUCUCAUGGUGGUCACACUGCCCAUCUCCAUUUGGAUGUGCAUCAAGAUUGUGAAGGAGUAUGAGAGGGCCAUUAUUUUCCGCCUGGGUCGCCUGCUGCGAGGAGGAGCCAAAGGACCAGGUUUGUUCUUCAUCUUGCCGUGCACUGACAGCUUUAUUAACGUGGACAUGCGCACCAUCACCUUCGACAUUCCACCGCAAGAGGUUUUGACGAAAGACUCAGUGACCGUGAGUGUGGAUGGCGUGGUGUACUACCGGGUUCAGAAUGCUACUCUGGCCGUGGCCAACAUCACUAACGCCGAUGCCGCCACGCGCCUAUUGGCCCAGACCACACUGAGGAAUGUUCUCGGUACCAAGAACCUGGCAGAGAUCCUUUCGGACCGUGAAGAAAUUGCACACAGCAUGCAGUCCACUCUCGACGACGCUACUGAUGACUGGGGCAUCAAGGUAGAGCGAGUUGAGAUAAAAGAUGUGAAGCUGCCUCUGCAGCUCCAGAGAGCCAUGGCGGCCGAGGCUGAGGCCACCCGGGAGGCCAGAGCCAAGGUUAUCGCAGCAGAAGGUGAGAUGAACGCCUCAAGGGCGCUGAAGGAAGCGUCGCUGGUGAUCGCGGAGUCUCCGUCCGCCCUGCAGCUGCGCUACCUGCAGACCCUCAACACAAUCGCUGCCGAAAAGAAUUCCACUAUCAUCUUCCCUCUGCCUCUGGAGAUGAUGCAGGGUUUCAUUAAACACUAAUCAUCUCUCUCAUGUAAAGCUACACGCAACGAGCAUUGGCAUCGAAAACGUGAAAGUGACCUUACACUGAUACACAUAUUUCUCAUGUAAUGCCUGAAGCUGCAGUUCUGCUGCAACCACUGCCAGCAUACAUUUAAUUUACUUACGAGGUUUCAUUUCACAAUAUUUAUUUUAAAACGCACUCGGUCUGUGUCAUUGCAUAUUUUUACUAACGUGUUUCCGCAGCCUCACUUCCAACCACGUGCAGUAAGUACGCUACAUACAGUACCAGGAAAAAAUACUAUAUUCUGUCCAUUCUUGCCGUUGGGCCGGGUCUUCACAUAUAUAAUUUCCUAUAACUGCAGUGAAUUAUACCUCAUAGACUAAAGAGAAUGGUCUACGUAAUGAAUUAUAAAGCUGAUCGGGUGAACUAGAAUUUCAAUAUGUUGUUUUCUUAGCAACUUGGAGCAGAGGCUGCCACGUACAGCAGAGGACGGGCAGGGAGUGUCCGCACAAAGACACUCUCAACCCUAAGGAAAGGACUAACAAUUACAAGACAAGUUUAUUUUAUAAAUUUUUGCAAUUGAAUCUUAAUUCUUUAGUGAACAUCAGUAUUUUAAGAUGAAAAUUAAUGUAACAAGCUUUUUACACCACAGUGCCAUCUGCUGGAACUCCCUUGCCCUUAAUCAACACAUGCAGGAAGUCCUCGAGUUACGACACAUUCGACCUACGACGUUUCAACUUUACGACGCCCGUGCCUCGUCCGCCCUUUUGUCCCAGCACCAUAGUGUUUCUGCUUAGCCCGUGCAUAGUGCUUGUGUGUGUGUGUGUGUGCGCGCGGCGGGGGUAUCUUUGCCUUUUUCACACACUCAGCAGUAAUGGUAAGUACAGCAUCUUAUUUUUUUAUUUUAAUGUAUUUUAGUUUCUUUAUACGAAGUGUUAACCUUUCCUGCUACGGUCACCUGACCGUGGUCGGGAGACGCAGGGGUUAACCUUCUCUCGUUGCACAGCUGAGCUGGGCGGCAGCAACAAUAAAGGCAUGAAGCACCGAUUUGCUGUUUUAAUGGCUUUAUUAGCUCCUCUGCACAUUCAGCUUCAACGGGUCCGCCGCUAAUUGCUACUCUUCCCCGGUCCCCGUCACUACACUCGCUAGUGUACACACACGCACCGUCGCGCACUCCUUCCUCCUUCACAGUCCCGUCUCACUCACACACCGACGCCCACACACACUGAGCUUGCUUUCACAAUCACGUGGGACAAUACCCGUAACAGAAGUAGUUCGCCGUAAAUUUCGACUUUUAACGGUGAAAUCCGACUUACGUGGAAAUCGUGUUACGUCGCCAGCGUACGAACGGAACUCGUUAGUAAAUCGAGGACUUCCUGUUUAUACAUUUUUAGAGCCAUGACAUGAUCCACAUCUAGUGAUGUAACACUAGAGGAGUUCAUACUUACCUCCAUCCCAUGCAAUUUCCUCACUAGGGUUGCGGGCGUGCUAGAGCCUAUCCCAGCUAUCU